CGUUUUGUUUACCCGAGUAAAUAGCUCGAUUAUAUAUUUCGUGUUAAAGCAGUAAUUAGUGUAAAAAAUUGUAAAAAAAUACGGCAAUCAGCCAAUAAUCGAGUGGAAUCCUUCGAUUUUCCGAUAAUUCGUGCAGUUACGUGUAGUGCUUGACAAUCGUUCUAGCAUACAACUCCGUUCAAUCUAAUCGAACACAACACCAACAACAAAGCGAACCAGCGAAGCAAUUGAAGCGGAAAAUAUCGCGCGAGAGAGAAAAAGAGCAGAAAAUGGGUCGUCGUUCGCCUGAUUCGCCAGACGUCGUUACGGAUUACAAUGGUGGCGGCGGAAAAAUGGACAAAUAUCGUCAUCGGUCUCCCGCAUCGCCCAGCAGCGUUGAUCGUCGUCGUUACGCCGAACGUUCAGUUACGCCCGUCAAACGUCGUUCCCGUCGCAGUCGAAGUUACGAUUCGCCCGAUCGCCGACACCGAAACAAUCGCAAAACUACGGAUAAUCCGCCGCCCUCGAGAUGCGUUGGGAUUUUUGGCAUGAACAUUUACACGCGUGAAUCUCAAAUUCGUGAUUUGUUCUCGAAAUUUGGCGAGAUUCGUCGUAUCAACAUGAUUACGUGCUCACAGACUGGUCGUUCCCGCGGCUUCGGCUUCGUCUAUUUCCAGCAACUCGAAGACGCAAUUAACGCCAAGGAACAAACGAACGGCAUGGAACUCGACGAGCGUCGUAUUCGCGUCGACUACAGUAUCACAGAUCGUGCUCACACCCCGACCCCGGGAACUUACAUGGGAAGUCGUUACGAUAGCAGAUACCGUCAACGAGGAAAUUAUGACCAUGAUAGACGUCGGCGAUACGAUCGUCGUCGUUCGCCGUCACGUUCCCGCAGCCGUUCGUACGAGCGCAGCAGCCGAUAUCGCAGCAGCAAACGUCAUCGUCACCACAGCGCCCGUUCGCACUCCCGUUCCGACUAAUGUCACGCGACUCUCUCUGCCACGAACUAGUAUUCAAUUCCCGGUGCUUUUAACAGAAAAAACACAAUAAGAAUCGCCUUGAUAUUUUCUUUUAAAUAAAAUAACAGAAAAAUUAAUUUAAAAAAAAAUACUUAAUCGAACAUGACAGAAGAAAAUUUAUGUUUUUAGCGAAAAAUCUUUAAAAAAAACCUCGAUUAAUUAAUGUUAAAAUUAAAAAAAAAUAAUUGCCACCUAAGUUGUAAGAUUUUUGAAUUACAAAAAAAUCGUCUUUUUUCGAGAAAAAUUGAUCUCUUAGAAAAAAAUCAAAAUUAAUUUAUUUUCGCACGUUUGUCAAUCAAAAAAUUAGCUUUAAGAAGUUCUUUCGUGAUUUAGAUUCUUCGCACAUUGUCACAAAAAAAUUAAAUAAAUAGUUAAGAGAUGGUGUGGAUAUUCGUUCUUUUUGUUGAAAAAACAAAAAAAAAAAUAGUUUGUAAAACUAUCCGAUCAAUUAUUUAUGAGAAACAAAAAAAAAACGUGCUUGCACAGAGACUGAGAGAAGAAAUAAUGGGACAUUUAAUGUAAAAACAAAAAAUAAAGAAAAAAAUAUGAAAUAUCAGAUGAAAAUAUAUAUAUUUAAAUAUUCGUAUGUUUAGAAAAUAAUGAUAAAUAAUUAAAAAUAAAGAAUAUCAUGUAUUG